UGUAAACAACAUGGCGGACAGUCCGCAGCGUUUUGGCAAAAUGUCAGAAAUUAUGAUGGCAUAGCGUGAUAAAACAUGUAUUCUCGUAUGCGCGUAGAAAGAUUGGGCAACAAAGCCCAGUUACCUCCAGCAUGUUCAACACCAGUGAAAAGCAUACUUGGUCCUGCCCCAACAUCAACGAGCCUGUCUGAUGGCUUGAAGGGUGAAAGUCUCGUAGAUAACAUCUACUUGGCAGUGAAAGGCAACCGCGUCAGCGAACUUCUUCAACUUCUUCAAGAGAAAAAACUGGGGGACAAGGUCAAGUUAUGGAUCUUGAUGCUGUCUGCUCGUUACGGCAGGGUUCAUUUUGCCCAGGCAAUGGUUGAGGCAGGGCUUGGUCUAGAUCUUCAAGACGUCAACGGAAACACGGCAGUCCUACUCGCAGCUCAAUACGGCCAUACAAACAUGGUGAACUAUCUUGUGAAAACAAAGUGUAACCCGAGCGUCAAGAACAAAAUAUCGCGGGAGGCUCUUCAUAUGGCUUGUGAACGAGGGCAUCCGGACUGUGUCAAGAUUUUGCUGGGUGUGGUCGAAGACAUCAAUGCAGUUGAUGGGACAAAAGAACCACCGAUUGUUCUUGCUGCACGCCACGGCCACCACGAUGUCGCCAGAGUCCUCAUUGAUGCAAAAUGUGAUAUCGAGAACCCGAGCCAAAUGGACCAGAAUCAGAGACGGGCGAUUCACUUCGCCUCCGUCUCUGGGUAUGACGAGUUUUUGGAUGUGCUGUUGCAGGCUGGGGCUGAUCCGGAUGUUCCAGACAGGGCAGGAAAUUCUCCUCUUCUCCUUGGUGCAACGUGGGGCCAUAGUGCAGUAGUGAGGUCGUUACUGAAGUGCAAAGUGGAUGUGAACAGGAAAAACACCCUCGGUUUGUGUGCUGUGAUAAUGACAUCUGCCGAAGGACACCGUGAAAUUCUUCGCCAACUGCUCGAUGCUGGUGCUGAUCCAGAUGCUGUGAAUCAUAUGAGAGAUCCUGCAAUAUUAGUCGCGUGUCAAAACAGCAAUACUGACUGUGCCGAAGUGCUAAUAGAAAACGGCUGCGAUAUGGAUUUAUAUGAUGAAAAACAUGGGAGGACAGCUCUAACCUGGGCUAUCGACAAUGGACUGAAGGAACUAGCCAAGAAAAUGAUUGAGAAGGGUGCAGACGUCGACGCUGGUCGAACAGGCUCUCCACUUGAGGCAGCGUGCAAAAAGGAAGAUGAAGGAACUGUUGACCUGCUUCUCGGCAAAGGUGCCGAUGUGAAUAAGAGGUUACUCCCUGAAGAAACAACCGCAGUGAUGUUUGCGCUCGAGACCGGCAACGUUGAGAUAUGCAGGAAGUUAUUGAAUGCUGGAGCUGAUCCGAAUCUUCCAACGAUAUAUCGUGUGACGUGUUUGAUGCUUGGCACGGACCGCUCGGGUGCCGAGGUCACAAGACUGUUGCUGGAGAAGGGUGCAGAUGUUAAUUAUAAGGGCUUUCAGGGCUAUUCUGUGAUGUUCGCAGAUGAGGUUGAUGUCGUGCGUGAACUCCUUGCUGGGGGUGGUAAUAUUAACCAGCAGGACGAUGCUGGAAAUACACCUCUGAUCCGAGCAGCGACAUACACUCUUAAAGGCCUGGUUAAAUUCUUGAUUAAAAACAACGCCAACGUGAACAUCAAAGGUAUGUCCUACACCGCCUGCGAACAAGCCCUCAUUGAAGAUCAGGGUUAUGACAUUGCCAAAAUGUUGAUCAAGGCUGGGUGCGAUUUGAGUUUCCUGCAGCGCUGGGAGAGGACUUGUUAUCCCAAGACUCUGGAAGACAGGUUGGAACGGAUUGAGUGGCUGAAGGAACAAGCAAAGCUUCCACCGAGCCUGACCCACUGCUGUAGGAAGUCUAUUCUCAAUGCACUUGCGACAAACAUCCCAAAGAAAAUCGAUGAGCUCAAUUUGCCCAAAAAUUUGAAAGACUAUCUUCAUUAUGUCGACUUGGAUGAGGAUGAGAAUGGGAAAGCUGACGGUGAAGGAAGUGAUGAUGAUAGUGAUAAUGACGAUAGUGGGGAUGAUGGUGACAAUAAUGGUGAUGAUGAUGGUGAUGCUGGAGAAGAUGCUUCUUCUGAUGAGGCUGGGGAAGAAGCAAACCUUGAAGAAAUGAUGGGCUAUCUGCAACUGAUGCAGCAACUUCAGCGUCUCCAACAAGAAUAAUCGAAUCAUCAACCUAGGCGCACAUGCAUGGAACAGUGGACGCCGGCGCACCCUUUAUACUGUCAAAGUCGGCCAGGAGCCGUCCCGCUCUCGAGAUGGCUACAUUCUUACAUCAUGCAUUGUAUGAUAGCGACAGCUCCUAGACGGCUUCACAGUAAUGGAAAGUUCUUGAAAACUAUUACUAAUGGAUCCUUUCAACAUUGUUGGGAAGAAUGAGUCCCUCUGAACAAAUGAAACUAUGCAAAAUCCUUGUUCUUCUUGAGCUUCUUAGGGCUGACAUUCUUCUUUUGGGUCGACACUUCUUUGUUUCUUGGAGAGAGGUGCAUGCCCUGGAAAAUCUCAUGCCGAUCUAACAACGUUGUGCAUAUUAGCAUGGAGACUUUAGGAUUGAUGUUCACCGCCGGUUGAUAGUAGGCAUGGAAAAUCUUUGCUCGCUGAUGGAAGGGCCAAGGGAGGCGCCUAACAGAGGGACUGCAAGGAGGCACGGGAAGGAUGAUAUAAGUUUGAUUUCAUUUGCUACAGCGGGUUAUUUUAGGAAAUCUCAACGUCCCCCUGAACAUCUCUGAUGAAUGUUUGCCCUCGACCUAUCACUAUGCCUAGUUUUCUGAAUGUCAAUUUUUAUCUUCGCAAGUGCCCAUCACUUUUUUCCAUCGUCGGUCUAUUAUGGGCCAAUAGGUAGCUUUAGUGAUGGAACAUUGGACGUUUGGGCACAGCUACAGCCGGGAGCAACAGAAACAGAGUGUUGAGCAGAGAAUGCGUACACUCCUGAGGCAGUCCUUCAUCAUCCGAUGCCAAACAUAGCCUUCCUAUAUAUUUGGAAAGUAGAGGGACGAUUCAUAUCCAAUGCGUCCCGAAGUGUACUAGUGACAAUAUUCUUGCACUUGCUCACAGUAUAUUCUAUUCCACCACGGUCAUGAUGCACACUAUAUAGAACU